GAACAGCUCGAGGGCCCAAAGGUUCGGUGGAGCAGAGAUGGCAAGCCCAGCCGAGGGGAGGGAGAUGGAAUCGUAGCAGAGAUGGGUGCAGCGACUCUGCAUGCUCUUCAUCACAUUACGGAGGCAUGAUUGCGUGUGAGGAAAUUGUGUCUUUCUCGUAGAGUUGGCUUGACCAACGAGGGCGCGGAAGAGGAAGAGGUGACAUCAGACGGACAGCAAAGCGCUUCCGUUGCGAAGAACGGGAGGGAAACAGGGAGCUUGUCGUGUGCUGCGCUGCUGCUGCUGUUGCUCGUGUUUUUGUGCUCUUUAUUUGUCGAAUGCGCUCCGAGAGAUGCGAGCCCCGUUCCUCACGAGUCGAAAAAGUCGUUUCCUGGCUUACCAUCAUUGGAAUUUGGACAUCCGUCCUUCCCUACAGGAUGCUCUGGGUUCUAGCUUUUUCCCCAAGAUAGCAAAAGCAGUUUCCUCGGCGAAGGAAUGUCGCUCGAUGGUUGAAAUGAGCAGGACGGUACUUUCACCACGACGAUUACUACGGCUGCUCCUCGCACUACAGGACAGUUUAUUACAGAAUAUUCGACGACUUGCAGUCUUCGUUGAAGCAACCGACUUCAAUAUACAUUUCGUGAUUUGAUUCCUAAUCAACUGUACCGAAAGUAUGCGAUUCCGUUGGAGAUUCAGGACGGACGAGAAAUCUGAACGCAGCACAAAAUAGUUACACGAUCAGGCUCUUCAUUAAACCCUAACGCUCUGUUGCUGUACACCUAAUAGAUCGGAAACCGACGACGGGCGCCCAACAAAACUCAUUUAUUGUUGAAAAGGUUCGAUUCCAUUCUUUCGGAUGGCCGAAGACAGCGUUCCUGUUGUGGGGCAUGAGGCGGACGGGGAGGAGGGUGAGGGGGGAUGGGUCUCAGUGGAGGGGGGGAUGGAAGGAGUGAGGGAUACAGUCGCCAGGAGUGAGAUGCCGGGCCGGGCUUCUGUAUGGAAGCAGCUACAUGGCCUCUGUUACCUUUCCGAAUUUGUUUUGUGAAUGGCCCUCAUUCCUUGAAGUUGACGCAAGGUAAGUUCGGAGAAAUAAUGGGGGCCUGCACUGUUGGCACUGUUCUAUGAAAGGUCGACCUUGACGGAAGUUGGUCAAUCGAAAUUCUCACACUUUGGCACCAUUCGGAGCAGCGUGAUCUGGGGGAAAGGCCUUGAUGCGCGGAUUGGCGAUUCCGUGGAGGUCCAUCCUCGGGGAUCAGUUGCUGCUGCUCCUUGGAAGAAGCGUUCGGUCAUGACAGCGAGCCAUGGGUCAAACGAGAUGAAGUAGAUAGACUACCGCACUGCUGUAUGAGCAUUUGACAUCGAAGUGGUGCACGUUUAGAAGUCGUGGCCGACGAGGAGCCCCACCAUGCUGGGCUUUGCGGGGGUUUGACCGAUGAUUGAUUUGAUGCGAAGAGGGAUGGAGACAAAAGCGACAUAGCAGUGGAGUCGACUGCAGGGCAGCGCUGCACACAUUAUGCGUUUCGUGUAAGAUUCCCAGAGCACGAUUAUUGCCCUCUUUCUUCUCUAUUGUACCGAUGCAAUUCAUUCUUUGCGCGGGCCAUCAUGCACGAGACUUCCCAGUAUAUUCUCUCUCCUGCUGGAGGUCGCUGGUUGGCCGCGACACGAUCAGAUGACAUACGAUGCAUAAUCAUCUGAAUGGACGGGGAACCGGAAGAGCCGCAAAUCAAUCAAUCAAUCAAUCAAGAGCAAGCCAAAUCUCUCCACCUCUCUGCAUCCCCCAACAAUCCAUUCCUUCCAGCGGGAGAGGGGGAGGUGGGGAGGUGGGGUUGGGGGAUCUCCUGGCUUCUGCACGAUAUGUUACGACGCCAAGCGUUUGGAUCAGAGACCAUAAUGGGGACGAGGGGUGCGAUGGACCGACAUUUUCUACCUCUCCACAGCAUUUUUAUUCUCUUCUCGAAUGCUUUUCGAGAGUAAACGAAAGUCUACGCCACGGCCACCGACGAAGCCAAGUGGGAGAGCGGAGCAGAUCAAAACAGAAACACAGCAUAGAUCCCUCCUCCAUCGCCCGUCGAUCCGCGCGCAGCCAAGCCAUCCCAGCCAUUGUGGAAGCCGACGAUAUUAUGGUGAUGAUGGUCUCCAACGCACCAGCAACAACCAUGUCCCCCUUUACUGUUAAUUUACUGUUCGCCAUAUCACUUGGUCCCCCCCCUGCUCCCCUUUCUUGUCCUAGCAGCAAGCCAUCUAUAAUACGGUUUGCCAACAAACGAACAGACCUGGAGGGGAUGGCUCGGAUGGCUGCGAUUGGAGAGCAGCAGGGAUCUAUGUGAGGGCUGGGUGGAGCACGACUUUCCCCAUCCAGCAGUCCGACUACGGUUCGGUACAGAUUCCCCAGUAGCCUUCUCUACGUCUCCAUGCCUCCAUGCGAUACGGUACUAGCACGUCCUGCAGUGGCUACACGUAGCAGGUCAAAAUAUACCUCCCUUCCAAUCUUGCGGGCUGCGUUGCCUCCCUCUCUUUUCUCCUGCAGAUGGAUAGAAAGUGAUCCUCUCGUCGAAUCCACGGGCAGGAGUGGCUAGGGAAUUUACUAUCCGAGAUCAAAGGGAUUCGCGAGGCCGUAGGGAGCGAGCGAGCGAGCGAGCGAGGGAGGUGGUGGGCGGUUCCAUCGUGCCGCUCUGGUGCGUCGGCGUCUGAUGUCCGUUCGUUGCGCUCGAAGGUCUGCCCAGUGCACAUCUCCUGUUCUGGGGAGGACGGGUCACCCUUCAGAUAAGACAGGCGGAGGAGGGCGUUGGGAAGGACUCGGGAAUGAGUGGCCUGCGCAUGAAGGAACGGGUUCCGAAUCAAUGAAUCAAUGCAUCGAUGAAUCAGUGAAUGAAUGUAUCGAUUUUGGAUGGACAUUGUAGAUCUGAAUUGAAGUGCACCGGCCGGACGCCGCUCCACUGCACUAAACUCGCUCUGUCCUGACCGAGUGCGAACCAUCCGUCCCGCCCUGCGGGUCCUGCCGCGAUCUCGUCGAUGCGUAAAGGCACCUCGAGCUCGCCCUGCGCCAGUGCAGUCCGUGAAGUGAACUUGAAAUCCACGCCAAGCGCGAAAAUCCACCAUUGCUUGAUUAUGUACCAGGUCGGAUGAGGUGCAUCUGAAUGAAUAUCUGGGUCGUUGGCAGAUCGCUGAUUCCUGGUACUGUACAAGGACGUGUUGACGUCAAGUUCGUGUGGCCAAGUAGUCAAAAUCGAUAGUAUAGUCAACUAAUAUACAAACAUGAAGACCCCAUCGAGCAAUACAAGUAUGAGUCCAGAGAGGGUAGCCACUUCAAUAGUAGUUCAAGUACCGAUGAAAUUGUCUUAAUAUUGCGGGAGGAUUUUCUAUUCAGA